AUGUCUCAGAGUCUAGAGACUUUGACAGAAAAUCUUGCCAAAGAGGGUUUGACGAAAUUCAAUAACUUCUCUAGGGAGUUUACCGAAUCAGACGCCAAAUUACUACUAAGAAAAGGGAUAUAUCCCUACGAAUACGUAGACACUGCCGAUAGAUUCUCAGAACAAAAGCUCCCCUCAAAAGAGAAAUUCUACAGUUCGCUGAGUCGAUCAGACGUGACAGAUGCUGAUUACGCGCAUGCACAAUCCGUAUGGGAGAAACUGAACAUUCGAGACCUCGGUCAGUAUCACGACCUCUACCUCAAGACGGACGUACUACUAUUGGCCGAUGUCUUUGAGAACUUCAGAAACAUGUGUCUCGAUUAUUAUGGGUUAGAUGCGGCUCACUUCUAUACCAGCCCAGGGUUGGCUUGGAGUGCAGCCUUAAAAAUGACGGGAGUGAGGUUAGAACUCAUCAGAGAUCCAGACAUGUAUCUCUUAUUUGAAAACGGAGUGAGAGGUGGAGUUAGCAUGAUAUCAAACAAAUACGCUCAAGCUAACAAUCCUUACAUUCCAGAAACGUACGACCUCUCCCAACCACACUCGUACAUCAUGUACACAGAUUGUAAUAAUUUGUACGGGAAGGCCAUGUCGGAGUCGUUACCCGUCGGCGGGUUUCGGUGGGUGGAGAAUCCACACACAUUUGACAUAACCAAAGUCUCCAAAGACGGAGACUUGGGAUAUGUACUCGAAGUAGAUCUGGAAUACCCAGACGAACUUCACGACAGCCAUACCGAUUACCCCCUCGCACCGGAACGCAAAAAAGUCUCCGACAAUGAAUUGUCACCAACUAGUAAACAGCUGUGGAAAAGUUUACAUCCUAGCCCCAAACACACUGGUGACACAUUAUACGGGCGCGUUCCGACAGAAAAACUGAUUCCCACAUUAGAAAACAAGACGAAAUACAUCUGCAAUUACAGAAAUUUGCUGUUGUACGUGAAACUGGGUCUCAAAGUCACCAAAAUUUACAGAAUCCUAGAAUUCAAACAGAAACCUUGGUUACGCCCGUACAUACAAUUCAACACGUCAAAAAGAGCGGCAUGUACGAAUGAGUUCGAGAAAGAUUUCUUUAAACUCAUGAACAAUGCCGUGUUCGGUAAGACGAUGGAGAACGUGCGCUCCAGAGUCGAUAUCAAGCUGGCACACACGGAAAAGAAACUCAAAAAGUACGUGGCCAGACCUUCAUUUCAAAGGUUUACUAUCUUUAACGAAGAUUUAGUAGCCGUUCAAAACGACCAAGUCAAACUCGUACUAAACAAACCAGUAUAUGUAGGACAGACCAUUCUAGAUCUGUCCAAGUGUAUCAUGUACGAGUUUUAUUACAAGUACCUAAAACCGAAAUACGGAGAUGGAAUCAAGCUACUCAUGACGGAUACGGACAGUCUUUUGUACCACGUCCAAUGUCCGGACGUCUAUGACGACAUGUAUCGGGACAGACAUCUGUUUGAUCUGUCCAAUUAUCCGAUCGACCAUCGCUGUCAAGACACAAGAAACAAAAAGAUACCGGGAUAUUUUAAGGACGAAACGGGAAGUGAGCCCAUUGCAGAGUUCGUAGGACUUCGUGCCAAAAUGUAUUCGUACGUGUACGCCGUGAGAAAUAGAACUGAAAUAGAAAAUCUGGUAGUCCUAUGGAACGACAUGAAAGAAAAACAGGUAGCUAAAGGUAUCGCAAAGGCGACCAUCAGACGUGAUCUUAGGCACGAAAUGUACAGAGACUGUUUAUUCGCCGACAAAACGAAAAUGUGCAAAAUCGGGCCUGUGUUCCUUCGACGAUAA